AAUCAGUGUGUGGUAAACACGAGCGGAGACUUUGAAUGGGUCCGAAAUCCAAUCAAUCAACUUUUACACGCGAUCGCAAUACAUGCAGCGCUAAGCCUAUGAUCUGCACUGGGAACCGUACGUUGUUCAGAUAUAUCAUCUUAAAAUCAAGGAAAAUGAGGUGACAUCUUUGGAAUUUUAGAUCUGGCAUAAUGACAUAGACUAUGGAGAAACCAAAGGCAACUAUCGGCCCUUUCAGGGCUACGAAAUUGUGGAAUUCCAUCGUGAGCGACUUCCGAGCCGGCAUCCCUCUCAAAAGGCAUCGAUGGCGGAUGCGUUACUAUGACAACUGCUUCACCUCGACCGAGGCUGCUGAUUGGCUUCAUGAUUACCUUUGUAACAGUGAGAACUUUGGCCCCUGGGUCAUGAGAACACAGGUCAUUCUUCUCCUCGACAAGUUUGUGCAAAGUAAAAUUAUCGAAGAGGUGAAAGCCUCGAAAGGAGACGGAACCGAGAAAGCAUCGUUUGAAGACAAUGGACACCUAUACAAAUUCUUGCCAGUAUCCCCCAUGAAGAAGCUGCGUUCAGCCCUUGCAAGUCGCAGCAGCAUCCAGAGCCUGAGCCCCAGUCCAAAGCCAAGGAAAACGGUGCCCAGGACCGGCGGAGCAACCACUGCCGCCAAUCCUGCACCUCGAAGACUCACUAUGAGAGAUACAAACAUUGAUCCAAAUGCUAGGCCGACUGGUAGGCCGAAUGGUCGAGGCUGGGCAGAUGGACAUUCCACGAGGCCUUUAGCCUUGAGAGACACUAAAGUGAACGUCCAGAUUCAUAAUGAGAAUGUGAACAGGGUCAAGGAGGUUCCGAGGUGUACGUUAGUUGCGCGACCUUUGACCCGAGAGCAAGUAGAAGAGGUUUGGAAAAGUGCAACGCUGAAUAGGCUUCAGAGAUUACUCUGGUUAUCAACACUAGAUGGUUUACUGGAUGACUCGGUCAUUGUCCCCUCUGAUAUCAUUCACAACUGCACCCACAUCAAUAAGAAUGGAGUAGUCCAACUCAUCAACAAAGAGAAUGAUCUACCGCACUGGGUGCUGUCUGCGAUGAGAUGCCUUGCUAAUUGGCCUAACAAAAUUGACUCUGAGCUACCGAGUUAUCCUGGUUUCGAGCGAGAUGUCUUCAAGACCAUCAGUAAUUACUUCCAGAGCCUCCCCGAGCCUCUCAUUACAUACAGCAGAUACGACCUGGUGGCUGAAGCUUUUGUCAGUAUGGAAUGCAGGGAUCGGGGCAUUAUUCCCGGGCAAGAGGGCGUCACUGUCUUUACAGGUGUCCACGGAGGGCUCACUUCGUUUCAGUCCGUGGAGACGCUCAUGUUGAACAUGACCAUGGGAGGGAAGCAUUCAUCGACCAACACGCCGAACAUGGAGAGGAAGAAUCCGCAGGCGAGGAAGAGCCGCGCCGUGCGACGUAGCACCAGCUUUGGACUUGUGGAUGGAAUGCUACGGAAUGAGACACCGCAUCUUCCGCCCAAGCAGAACAAGAGACCCAGGACGGGGUUGAACAAACAGUUUGGCAGCGUUGAUGUUAUUGGAAGUACAUGUAACAAUGAUCUGCCUCAAGGUAAUUUGAAUUAUCACCAUGGUCGGGCUGCGAGGUCGAAUCCGCAGAGGGUCAGUAACAAGGAUGAUGACUAUGGCUUUGCCAACAUGCCACCCGCUCCACCUCCUAGACACCUAGCAGCAGAGGUGAGUUCAGUCAGUGAUCAGUCUCAGUAUGACAAGACACAGUCCAUCUCACCAGACCUUGUACGCAGGAAGUGCAGCUCCCUGACCAACAUCCAAGAUGCUGGGAAGCGUGGGAUCGCCACCCGAUCAAGAACGGGAGGACUCUUCGCCUCCAAGAGGUUCGGCUCCGCCACCGAGCUAUUCAGUAAACUGGUCAAGAAGAAAUCGCCCUCUCAGGCUGGGCUCAACGACGAGGUUAAUCGUCCAGCGGAGAACCCGGCCAAGACAGGCAAAGAUCAUGUGACUAGCAGUCAUCGGAUCAUCUCUCCUGGCCUAGCCCCGCCUCCUUCAUACCCCGUCUACACAUCGUCCCCAAUCGAGCCGGUAAUUACCCAAGGCUUCCACUCCAGCACCCAGAACAUUACCCCCGACACCCAACACCACCCAAACCGCAUCAGUCCUCCAUACCCUGCCCCACUCAGAGCAACUCUAUCUUACUCAGAAAUACCCACCCAUCAAAGUUUGAUGACCCUGCCUACCCAAAGUUCGAUCACCCCUACUGGUAUGCCAUCAGCUAUCAUGGGGUCAGUGUACUCUCGUAGGAGUACAUCGGACAUUCCAACUUCGACCCCUUAUGAGAAUAUAGAGCCGAUAUCUCAUAAAAUCCUCCAGCGACAUGGAAGUGUUGCGAGCAUCUCAAGUCUUUACCUGAGUGAAGACAAGUCCUACUGCCAGGAAGCCCUCAGACUGUGCCUUCUACUGCUUCCUGCGGCCCAACGGAGGGCGCUACACCUCCUACUGAGGCUCAUGAGCAAGAUGGAGCACAACAAGGAACUGUCGCUGUGCACCAACAUGUCUACCAGGGAGCUUCUACUGGAGACGUUCACCCGCUCUAUCCUUUGCUGCGUGGAGGAGGUUGAUCUUGAUGAGUGUCUGGCAAAGAAGAUUGUUGCUUAUCUCCUUGACAACCACACAACACUCUUCAACAUCCCUCAAGAAUUGAGAACAGACAUCGAAGAGAGACUCACCUACCUCAAACGAAGCCAGAUCAAGUACGAGGCCGAUGUUGAGAACAUCCAACCGGCUGGUUUCUGUGCCCAGGUUUCCUUGGAGGAGUAUGAGAAACAGAAGACUGCCAGCUCCCAGCAGGCUAUUGAAGAUCUACUCGAUAACAUCAUCACAGAUAGACAAAUGUCGGCGAAAGACAAGAAGAAGAAACUCAAACUGUUCCAGAAGGCGUAUCCUGACAUCUACCACCGCCGUCUACCAACCAGUGCAAGCGAGGCAGAACUCUUCCCCGCCAAGCCCAAGAUCAAACAACCCAUGCUCAACGUCAAGAGGUCUCUCUCAAGGCUCAAACCAAUCCGAUAAUCUUUACCGUGAAUAUAUGCUUCCUAUUUCAUUUAUCAUCCAAUGCAGCUCGUACCAAGCGGAUGUUUCAUAAAGCUAUUUGUAAGUUAGGAGCGACUUUACGAACGUCUGGUGUUCCUUUCUUGACGUAAACUAGUAUGCGCACCAAAUUUUCGUUAAUGUUGAUUUUUUAGCUCUUAAGAAAGGAUCAACAGUCGUUCGUAAAGUCACUCAUAACUUACAAACAGAUUUUUUUAACACCCACCAGAAUUAAAAAACCUGGGAGGCCGUUUCAUAAAGCUGUUCAUAAGUUAAGAAGGACUGGUGAUCCUUUCUUGUGGUAAAUGGUAUACACCAAAGUGUCGAUGAUUUAGUACGUAACAAAGGAUCAUCAGUCGUUCGUAAAGUCGCUCGUAAGUUACAAACAAUCUUAUGAACCACCCACCAGGAUUAUAAAACCUAGAAGUGUUUCAUAAAGCUCUUUGUAAAUUAUGCACAACUUUGCACGUGACUGGUGAUAAUUUCUCCUUCUUUCAUCUGAUCUAGAUGGAAAAUUCAGUAUUUGUUUUAGUUUAGAUUCUGGUUUAACGAAAUGUCCUCUCGCUUACAUAUUCAAACUUGAUAUUUGGGGUAUCUCAUUUGACUCCAGAAAAGGUCAUCGGUCGUAAAGUCGUCCGAAACUAUAAACAAUUGUGAAACAGUGCCUUAAAGUACACAAAUGUGCUAAUUACUAGUUACAAUAGUCAAGAUUAGAUUAAAUAUAUACUUCUUAAGUCAUUUUCAUAGAAUGAAAUAUGUCAACUUAUAUGUUCACGGGCGAGGGAGGGAUAUCAAAUUUCUUCUGUCAGAAAUCUAAAAUUUCAUUGAAUAUUUUUUUAGAAAGAACGUUGUACCAGAGUUGAAGUUAUUUGAGAAUGAAUUAAUUUGCUCACAUAAUUUUUUUUUUUUUUGCUCACAUGAUUAUUAUUUUUUUUUUUUAAAUCAAGAAUACUGGUUUCAUGGAUACAGCAAAAUUCUAAUUUCUGGUCACUUCAAGUGAUGUCUAUUCUUUGGUCUUAUUUAUGUUUGUUUUCCUGAUCUGUAAUUGAUAAUAUCCAUAUUAAUCUUCUGUUUGAUUAUUCCAACGAAUGGCAUUAUAAUGCUUGAAUAAGUAUUUGUGAAAGUAUAACAAUACUUGUAAUUGAAUGAAGUGAAUUAUCUGUGUAAUCGAUAUUUGUCAAGUCUUCCCUAAAGCAAAUCAUAUGAUUUGCA